CUCCUAUGUCAACAUCAGAGGCUGAGCGAAAUUUCUCAACAUUGAAAAGAAUCAAGACUUUUCUUCGUAAUAGUAUGACCCAGGAUCGCCUUACAGCGUUGUCGAUGCUGUCCAUUGAAAAGGAAUUUAUUUCGACCAUGGAAAAUUUCAACGGGAAGAGGACUGAAGACAUCAAGUCACUAUCAACAUUACAUCUGGCCAGGGUCAUCUUAAGCUAUAAUAUUAUGGCGUCUCCGAGAACUGAAGCCAAGUGGCUAAAAUGGUAUGAGGAGAUUGAUUCAGAUACAAAUUCUUAUUCAGAUAUUGACGAAGCUGCUUCCGAACAUAGUAUUUAUAACACAGAUACGGAGCUGUCUUCUCACGAAGAAGAAAUAAUUGAGCCGAUCUCGCAACCUGAAAGAUUAUCAAAAGUACCUUUAUUUUUGGAAAGAAUGUACGAAAUGGUACUAUGUGGUGAGCUCAGACACGCACUGUCUCAAGUGAAAGCAAAAAUUGCAAGUAGCAUAACUCGAGCGUUUCCCACACCCGAAUUACUCAAGGACAAAUCGACAGCCAACCAACAACUUACCAAAUCCUGUCGUUCUAGAUGCGUCAUCUUCUCAACGAUCGACCACAGCCACCGCUUGAACUUGACCAAUCGUUCGCCGCUCUCGCCCGAUUCGUCAUUGAACGACGUAUACGAAAUGAGCACGGCGACGUUUAUGUCGCCGACGCCGUUCAACAGCAGCCGAUACAGCCUAUCUCCGAGCUGUUGCUGUUGCACCGUAAGAUGUUCAUUCCUCUGCACCGGUGCCCCGCUGUUAAGUCCUCCCGUUCCCGCGCCACCGGUACCGCCCGGCGCCGCCGAGAUGUCCGGCAUCGACGGAGCGCUGCCUGCGCCGGCCACGCUGCCGCCUUCUAGCAACAGCAGCUGCUGCGCCUGCGCAUUGGCGGGCGCGUCUUGCGCCGGCUGA